GAAAACGAAAAGGGCUGAAGGAGCACACAACGAAGAUGGGCGACGUGCCUGGUGAGGGUGCAAUGGAUGGCCCUGCGUCUGCAUCUGCAUCUGGUGGUGGGAAGGUGGAGGGCAUUGACGGCCUGGCGUACAAUGGUGGCGAGGAGAGCCUGGCAAGCUACGACUUGAGCCAGAGGAUGUGCCCCUACUGGGACAUCCACAUGAUCUUCCCCCUCAUAUCCUUCCUCGAAGAGCUGGAGGUAGGUACCUGUAGGCAGAUCUGCACGCCAUCGAUGGGUCUGUCUGUCUGCCUGCCUGUCUGUCUGCAUUCACCUCACCUGUCAUCUCUCUCUCUCCCUCCCUCCCUCCCUCUCUCUCUCUCUGUGUGUGUGUGUGUGUGUGUGUGUGUGUUUGGGUCAGUUGUAUCCGCCCGAGCACCUGGCUCGCGUCAAGAUCCAGCUGCUGGAGAAGACCGACAUGAUGGACUACCUCGAGGAGGUCGCUGCCGAACAGGGCAUCGAAAAGAAAUCCGGUGCGGCUGCGGCAGGACGACACCUCAGCCACCCAGACACACACACCCACACACACACACACAGACGAGCUGUGUUGAGUGCAUCUGUGUGAGCUGUGUCCGUGUGUGUGUGUGUGCAGAGUGGGAUGUGCGUCGCGAUGAGGUGUUUCAGCACCUGGAAGAGUACGAGGCCGAAACAGCCGGCUUCGUCGAAUCACUGUCCAAGUACAACCUCGACAGGCAGCAACAGGUCGGUCGGUGUCGUCCGACACACGACACACAGACUCACCCACCCCACACAGACAGGUGGCCCACGGGUGUGUGUGCAUUGUGUUGUAGGAUCGUGACGACGACGGCUCGCCCAGCGGCCGCACAUCCGUCGCUGAGCUCCACAACAAGUACAAGGACACCGAGAACUUCAGAGAGGUGAGCGAUGCACGUCACGAGCACCACAACGGAGGAAGGGAUGAAGGUCAUGGUCAGUCGGUCAGUCAGUCAGUCAAGGGUUGUCUGUCGUGCGUGCAUCGAUUGCAUCAGUUUCCCUUGGAUGCCGACGAGCGUCUGCUCAAGUACGCCAAGGUCCUCUUCAAGACUGGCAACUACAUGAACGCCGCCUACCACCUCUCCAUCUACCUCGAGGGCGUCUGGUGGGGAAUCAAACACAACACAACACAACACAACACACUCACUCAUCGAUGGCAUCAUCUCCCCUGCCUGGCUGCCUGCCUGCCUGCCUGGCUGCGUCCCCUGCAGCGAGCUGACCGUUGAGGGCGCUCAUUUCGACAAGCGGCUCAACUGCCUGUGGGGCACCCUGGCCAGCUGCAUCCUCAACAGCGUGCAGGCCCAGCAGGACCUCAACGAGAUGAUAGAGGAGGCGGGCGGCAUGAACGGCUACCAGCUGGAUGAGAACCACCCCCUGCGGACAUACGGCCCCGAGCAGUCCGCCACACGCAUUCUCGAGAUCGACUCACUCCUCGAACAGCCCACCACCAAGGCAAUCUUGAAAUCGCCGUAGAUGAGAUCUAGAGCGACGCAUUCGCGGCACCUGCCUCUUUGUGUGUGUGUGUGGCUCAUGCAGUUGGGGAAGCGUGAGGCGCGACUGCAGCGAGCAUGGCUGCUGCACUGGACGAUAUGGCCGCUGUUUCUGUUUUUCCUCAACCCGUCUUUCAUGGACACGCAGCGGCCCGAGGACCGAUCGCAGCUCAACGACAAGAAGAACAGACUGCUCGACUUCUUCUUUCAUGAGAAGUAAGGGCUCACUCGGCUCGGGUGGUGGCUCUGACUGGCUUAGUGGAGGGAGCAACAGCCAGCCACAGACAGACACGGACACAGACAGGGAGGAGAGGAAGGCCAUGGUGUGUGUGAAUGUGUGUGUGUGUGUGUGUGUGUGUGACGUGGAGCCAGGAACCUGGUGACGACUCAGCUGCUGUGUCCCCAUCUGUUCCGCUACUAUGCCGUGUGCAUCAUUCUGCUCAAGAGACGGAAAGAGCUGCAAUCCGUCCUGCAGGUAAGGAAACACACACAGACAGACACACAGACGGAGGCGUGGCAUGGCAUGGCAUGGCAGCAUUUGAUGGGAUGGAGGGGUGUGUGUGUGUGUGUGAUUGUGUUGUGCACUCACUGCAGGGGAUAUCCCAGGUGUGUCACAAGAUCUCCGACCCGUUCACGUCGCUGCUCUGUGCGGUCUUCAACGACCUCGACUUCGACAUGGCCAGAUACCACCUCCAGAGGUGCAACGAGGUAACGCACCGUACCAAACCCACCCAAAUGGCCACAUAGCGUAGACACAGACACACACACCUGACUGUCAGUCCAUCGCUAUCACAUCGAUCUGUGUCUGUGUGUGUGUGUGUGUGUGUGUGUGAGCAGGCGGCGCGUGUGGAUUACUUCCUGCAGCCGUUCAGGAGUGCGCUGGAGGAGGCGUCUCGCCUCACCAUCUUUGAGACCUACUGCUCCAUCCACUCGGCCAUCGACCUAGAGUGAGUGAAUCAGUGAGUGAGUGAGUCUGCCAUCAGUUGACCCCUGACACACUGGGUGCACUGUGUGUGUGUCGGUGUGCUGUGCGCCUGUCUGCCUGUCUGCCUGUCUGUCUGCCUGUCUGUGUGUGUGAUGACCGACCCACCAGGGUGAUAGCUCAGAAGCUGAAUAUGCGGUCCGAGGAGGCCGAGCGGUGGAUCGUCAACCUCAUCCGCACCGCCAAACUCGGUGGGUCGGUCAGCCACUCAGCCACUCAGCCAGGCUGGCCACACCCACCCAUCCCCCCCCACACACACACCCCCACACACAUCAACAACCACAGGGUCACCACUGUCUGAGGGGUGUGUGUGUGUGUGUGUGUGCUGCAGACGCCAAGAUCGACAGCGAGAAGAACCGGGUGGUCAUCUCGGCUCAGAUACCCGACGUCUACCAACAGGUCAGUCAGUUCAAUGAACUGAAGGGCAGGGCGGGCCAGGCGGGCAUUCAAUGCAGCCCAGCCAAAAUGGUGUGAUGUGAUCUAUGUGAUCCAUGUGAUGGGCUGCUUGCCUUGCCUUGGUUGCUGCGGUGCAGGUGGUAGAGAAGACGAAGCAGCUGAUGAUCAAGUCCCAGUACCUGGUGCGACUCAAGGCACGAGAGGACCGCGACAGGGCCGACAGAGACUGACCAACUGACUGACGGCCUUGUGGUGGGAGUGGAGUGAGGAGCCUGGCCUGCCUCGCCCCCAUGCGUCCCUCUGUCUGUCUGGAAGGAUUUUAAGCUGACUGAAUGUGUGUGUCAAUGGAUCGGACUGACUGACGCGCUGACACGUCGUGUGGCUGCAACGGAAUGAUUUGGGUGGC